CAGACCAUUGUCAGAGUGGAUUUAAUGGAAAUGGAUGAAGAAACAUUUAUAGAUAAGAACCUCACAAUGGAAGGCCAAGACACCGACACGUUCUGUCGGGCAGCUGGGAGCAAAAGGAGAUUUUACUUUGAUUUGGUGGAUUUUCAGAGAAUAAAGCAGCCCUCUAUACGUGUGACCGUGUGUCUUGGAUUACUGUGUGCUGUCCUGUUGGCUGCUAACAUAGGACAGCUUAUCUACCAUGCCAGUCAUCCAGCGGACAACACCGAACGUGAUUGGCUGCAGAGCAGACACAAUGCUUCAACUGCAGAGAGAAAACAGUUAGAGGGCAGACUGAGUAACCUGACUGAAGAAAAAGACCAGCUGCAGCAAAGUUACAAUACACUGACAACUAGCAAAGAUUACCUUCAGAUCAGCUACAAUUCAUUGCAGAGAGAAAAAGAACAAUUGCAAACCAGUUAUAAUACUCUGCAAAGAGGAAAUGAGCAGCUACAGACCAACUACUUUGAUUUGGCAAAAGGUUGCGUUGAGAUAGCGAAACAGUUCAAGGACAAGAUGGUGAGGACGGCAGUUCAAGUAAGAAGCAUGCCAUGUCAGACCGGCUGGAGGAAGUUUGGUGACAGCUGUUACAUUGUUUCAACUGAGAAGAAAAACUGGACAGCAGGCAGAGACGCCUGCAACGCCGAGGGAGCAGAGCUGGUCGUCAUAAACAGCAGGGAUGAGCAGGCGUUUGUCAACGGGUUACUGACGACAGGCCAAAAUGCCUGGAUCGGUCUGACUGACAGUGUUGUAGAGGGGAAAUGGACGUGGGCGGAUGGGACUCCAGUCACCACAACGUACUGGAAGGCCGGCCAGCCCAACAGCUACAAUGGGAACCAGGACUGUGGAGAAACGGUGCAAAAGUCACCCGGAGUGGGAGAGUGGAACGAUGAAGGCUGUUCUGCUGUUCAGAUGUUUAUCUGCGAGCAAUAAGAUCCCAUUGGUUUACAUGAUGGUGUGUGGCUUUGGGUGGUGGUGGUAAUAUAAGAUAAGAUAAGUUAAGAUAAGAUAAUCCUUUAUUAGUCCCGCAGCGGAAAUUUACAGGAUUACAGCAGCGUAGAUAUAGUGCAAACAAGGUACAUAGUAGAAAAAACAAACAAGUAUUUUAAAUAAGUCCACAAUAACUAAAACAAAUCUUAUAAAUACAGACAGAAUACUUAUAGUUAUAGUAUUGCACAGUUUUGAUAUCUUCAAUAUUUUUUUCUGGUGAUUUAUUAUGUUAUCUUAUUAUUAUAAAACCAAUGAAAAUACCAAUCAAUUGUACUAUCAAUCUUAAUCUCAAAAUGACAAUCCCCCGCUUUUUAAGUCUUACAUCAUUUGAAUACUAAUUAUUUUCGGUACCGCUCUGUAAUAAAUACAUGA